AGUAGGUGCUGUCUGUUAAUGGCUUGACAAACUGAGUCUGAGUUUUAACCAACAAACCAUGGCUGCUUCUUGUUCAUCAUAUUCACCAACACAUAUUUCUGCAGCUUAUUUCUCAAAUUCAACAAUGUCUUCAACCAAGAGACCACUUUCUUCUUCAUACAUCAGAGCAGGAGCAAAAUUGCCACCAAAAGUCCCGAAAGAGCUUCACUUCAACCAUGAUGGUUCCGCAACGAAGAAACUUCAGGCUGGAGUAGAUAUGGUGGCAGACCUUGUUGGUGUAACAUUAGGUCCUAAAGGGAGAAAUGUAGUGCUUCAGAAUAAGUAUGGAACUCCUAAAAUUGUCAAUGAUGGUGUCACUGUACUCAAGCAGAUUCAACUUGAGGACCCUUUGGAGAAUGUUGGUGCAAAAUUAGUGAGACAAGCUGGUGCAAAAACUAAUGAUCUUGCUGGUGAUGGUUCAACCACUUCUGUUGUUCUUGCUCAGGGCUUAAUUGCGGAGGGUCUUAAAGUUAUCUCAAUGGGGUUAAAUCCAAUACAAAUCUCGCGUGGAAUUAAGAAUACCGCGGAGGCGCUUGUCACUGAACUCAAAUUGAUGUCUAAAGCUGUUGAGGAUUGUGAGCUCGCAGAUGUUGCUGCGGUUAGUGCAGGAAAUGAUCACGAAGUAGGUAACAUGAUUGCAGAAGCUCUCUUAAAAGUUGGGAGGCAGGGUGUAGUGACAAUUGAACAAGGGAAAGCCACGGCAAACACCAUGGAGAUUGUAGAGGGAAUGCAAUUCGACCGUGGGUACUUAUCUGAAUACUUUGUUACUGAUCGAAGGAAGAGAACAGUGGAAUUUCAGGACUGCAAGGUACUCUUGGUCGACAAGAACAUUGUGUACCCGAGGGAGUUGUUUAAAGUACUGGAUGAUGCAGUGCAGAAAAAAUACCCGGUUCUGAUUAUUGCCGAAGGAAUUGAGCAAGGAGCUCUUGCUCCGGUAAUUAAGAACAAACUCAGGGGAGCAUUGAAGGCUGUGGCUAUAAAAGCACCGGCUUUUGGAGAAAGAAAGAGUCACUAUUUAGAUGACAUUGCUACAUUGACAGGAGCUACUGUAGUCAGAGAUGAGGUAGGAUUAGUCCUAAAGGAUGUGGGAAAGGAGGUGUUAGGAAACGCCAUUAAGGUGGUGGUAACUAAAGAUUCUACAAUGAUAGUUAGUGAUGGAAGCAACCAAUCAGCUGUCAAUACAAGGGUUUCGCAACUGCAAAAUCUUGUGCAGAACACAGAAGGAAAUUUUCAAAAGAAUAUAAUAAAUGAAAGAAUAGCUCGGCUAAGUGGUGGAAUGGCAAUUAUACAGGUUGGAGCACAAACAGUGGUAGAACUAAAAGAUAAAGAACUUAGGAUAGAAGACGCUCUGAAUGCAACCAAGGCAGCCAUUGAAGAAGGUGUUGUGGUUGGUGGUGGCUGUUGCAUGUUGAGGUUGUCUCAAAAAAUCGACGAUAUCAAGAAAAAAUUGGAGAAUGACGAGCAAAAGAUUGGAGCUGACAUCUUCAAAAGGGCUUUAACAUAUCCAACAAGACUGAUAGCUAAGAAUGCUGGCAUGAACGGCAGCAUUGUCAUAGAGAAGGUUCUAUCUAAUGAUGAUUAUAGAUAUGGGUACAAUGCUGCAAAAGAUCGUUAUGAGGAUUUGAUGGCAGCAGGAAUUAUAGAUCCAUCAAAGGUAGUAAGAUGUUGUUUGGAGCAUGCAGCCUCAGUUGCACACACGUUUCUGACAUCCGAUUUAGUGGUUGUUGAAAUUGAAGAAUUAAUUCCCCGUAUGCCACGGAUGAGAACACCAAUGCCCACCUCAGGUAUUCCGACGCGGAUGAGAAAACCAAUGCCCACCUCAGGUGUUGGACCUGUUGGAUUAGAGUAAUGUGGUGUCAGCUUACUCAAUUGAGAAAUAUGAACUUUCACUUCAUUACCUGAGCUUGCAACUGCAAAGGGACCAUGGAGGCAAAAAUGGUAUUGCAACCAAAACAUUGACUUUCCUCGGUCUGUCUCUUUCAAGCAUUCUGCUGUCAUGCCAGCUGAAUCAAUUGUCUGUAGAUAAAAAGAUCAGUCACCAUUUGGUUUUACUUAACGAAGAAGUUAUUCGACCACAGAAGGAAAAGAUAGUUUGACAUGGUUAAACUCCACAUGAUAAUUUUGAGGCCCUUUUUUUAUUUAUUUUUAUUUUUUUAUUUUUUUUAUUUUUUUUUUAUAAACUUUUAACCCAAGAAAUUGUACAAUUGGAUUAUCACUUUAACCGAGUUGGAAAUUUUGCAAUCCGAAAAUGGGUCAUAUGACCACAACCCAUAAAAUGUGGGAGCAAUGGACUUGUAAAAUAUAGGUCCGAGUGGAAAAGACAUGGAAAAUAUUA